AUGAAUCGGGAUGAGCAACAGUACGAGCGACACUGCUGUGCCCACAGUUUGGAGCCUAGCCCUCAGGAGCACUGUAUGCUGGUUCCAGAACAGCAGCCGAUGACCAUCUAUGGCGAUUCACACUUUUAUUCGUCCUACCUGCUGAACGACUUUAUUGAUGGCCGCAUAGAUGCUUCACGUGCGAUGGAGCGCUGCAAGGAACACAGGGCUGGGACUCUUUUGGAUUCGGAUCCCGCUCGGGCUGUACUUCACUGUGGUUCCAUGAUUGCCGGGCUGUCGUUGUGGCGAGGGCGCUACGACCGGACCUUCAAGUGGCUAGAACAUUUGCACUGGUUGCGUCGACGUCCGGGCUCCUUGCGGCCUCUCUCCUUGGAGACCGGACAGCCAGUGAGCAGCAUAGCUGAGGCCUCUGUUGGGAGCGAAUGGAAGCUCCGGCACGAUGUGGAGCAGCUGCGGUACCUAUCCAGGCGGCCGCGUCGGCAACAGGUGUCGCCCUAUGCCCCCAUGUGCUCGCCUGACUUGGCAACUAGCCUGGCAGAUGCUGCUGCGGAUCUUCUAGAAACCUUCAGGUCUGGAGGAGAGGAUGGCGCGAAAGAAGCUUUGGCAGAUCAGGGCAAGCUUGCCGCGCACGGCCCUUCAGAGGAAGGAUGUCUAAAUUAG